AUGCAGAUCCCGUCUGCUUUGAGGCCAGGCAGCUGUGUGGGGCACCGCAUGUGGAUCCUGCUGGCGAUGACCCACCUCACCCUGGACUUCUCAGUGUGUAGCCCCCUUAACCAGGGUCCGGGGAUCAAACUCACGCCCAAAUCGGUGCCUCGCUCAAGGCCUCGCUUGCAGCCCCUCUGGGACACACCCAAUAAGCUUCACUGGAGAACAGUGAGCCCGUUGGCCCAUCGGCUCUUCAACCCUAUCCCUCCACCCAAAGACAACAGGGCAGGGAUAGGGCCCAAAGUCAAGGGUCAACAGCAUCGAAAACCGACCCAUAAAGGAAAAGCAGCAUGUAAGGAUUGCCAGUUGAGAUACUCUCAAAUGCAGACAGGUGGUCUUUCAGCUGUUAUAGCAGAAGCUCCAGCAGCUUUAUCCAGUGGGAACAGAGGAGACACGAUGAGGUUGCUACUGAGAGCCAGAAGGCAGCUGAAAUGGGACAGCUAUGACAAGUCUCAGGAGGGCCGGACUACCACGGUGGCCGGAUUUAUCGACUGGGGACCCACGGGUACAGAUAGCAUAGAUGGCGAUGACAAACCGCAGCCGAAUGUAACGCUGUUCGCCAGGGCCUCAUCUCCCACAGUGGCCACAACCACUAUUACGACAACCAGGCUCUCCCAAAGGACGGUCACUGUAGGUACCACACAAGAGCCCAAGAGGCCAGGCCCCACCAAGACCCCAAUCAGCUCGGGGACUGUCAAACCAUCAAAGCCAUAUGGGGACACACCAGGUUUGGCAGUUCACCAGAUAAUCACAAUCACUGUGUCUCUCAUUAUGGUUAUCGCAGCCUUGAUCACAACACUGGUCCUUAAAAACUGCUGUGCACAGUCGGGAAAUGGUCGCCACAAUAGCCAUCAGCGCAAGAUCCACCAGCAGGAGGAGAGUUGCCAAAAUCUGACAGACUUCACCCCGGCCCGGGUGCCCAGCAAGGUGGACAUAUUCACUGCCUACAAUGACAGCCUGCAGUGCUCACAUGAGUGCGUUCGGACUGCCGUGCCCAUCUACACUGAUGAGAUGAUUCAGCAGACACCUGUCUACAAGAGUGCAUACAACGGAAACAGGCCCUCCCCCACCGAACGUCAGCUGAUUCCCGUGGCCUUCGUGUCGGAGAAAUGGUUCGAGAUCUCCUGCUGA